AUGGAAGACAAGGUCUGCGGUUUCACUAUUGCUCACGUCGACCACAGAACGAAACUACUCUGGUACAACGGCAGUCUUUUGAAGAACAAGGAAAUCGAUUCACUCGUUUUUGACGUGCCCACGGAAUGGAUGGUCAAUGACACCUGGGAGAAAGGACCUUUGAAACAGGACAUGAGCUGUAUGAGUGGUGCUCCAGUCCAAUCCAUUGAUCGAGACACUGUCAACAUGCUGGACCAUACAGUGGAGCUCGCAAAGGAGGUAGACGACAGUCUACGCCAGCAUAUCCCGGUAGCAGUGCCGUGA